GAAAAUGCAUGGAAUUGCAUCGACAAUCAAAGCAUAUGUUGGUGUGUGAAUUACUAAACCAAAAAGCCCAUGAGAUUUCCGUAGAGAAUUGACAGUAUCCCCAUUUCAGAAGGUGCUUGAGGUCAAAGAUUAUUUAUACAUUAAACCAGGACUAGGACUCAAUCCAUGCUCAUCCCCAGCUAGUUUGAUACUAGUAUAUUAACAUCUUCAACCACGUCGGUGUGCAAUUUCUAGCGUCCGAAAGAUGAGAGUAUAUAUUGUGGUGCAACAAAUGUUAUGUUCUGAUCUCUUUCUAAUUAACUUUGUCCACUUCAAGGGAGAAUGAUUCUCCAGUUAGCAUCACAUGAUCACAGAGUUGAUUCUGGAACUAAGUUUUCAUUUGCACAAGAAGCCAAAAGUAGAACGCACCCUAGUUUUGCAUUUGGUGAGUGCCCGAAUAAAUAAAUCUGCAAAACCACGAGAGGAGAGGAGAGGAGAGGAGCGGGCUUUCGUGUUGGUUUACCACAAAUACAAAGCGAAAGCGACCACAUUUGCGGCCGUCUGAGCCAAUGAUCUCAAGCUUUGUCUUUCACGCACGGCCUCUUCAACCUGAAAGCGAAUUGGUCAACUUUCUACCGGUCUUGCUCAUUUUUUAGUAUUAUCGUUCGUUAGAUCUGCGCCAUGCUCAACUAAACUGCAGGUAGCGCGAUUGGUUUGUUUCCACGGCCAUAGUCAUCGAUAUGGAGCAGCCACGAGUUUUAAGAUGGUUUGACGUGCAAUCCGUGCCUGGUGAUUACAGCUUUCCGCUGGAGGAUCGACCAGGACGGCUUCCCAUUCCUUUAUGUGACGCAGUCCCUGUAAUUGACCUCCACAAGUCAACUACGAGUCCAGAAAAAUGGAGCAUGGUCCGACAGAUUGUAGAAGCCAGUCAAGAAUAUGGAUUUUUCCAGGUGAUCAACCAUGGAGUAUCUGAAGAUGUCGUGAGGGAAACGAGUACCGUGUUUAAGGAAUUUUUCAACAUGUAUGCGGAGGACAAGAAGGGUACUAGUGCAUCUGAUGGAGAUUUAAGCCGGGGCUGGAUCUACAUGAACAGCUCCUCCGUAUUUGCAAAAGAUGGUAUUCAUUUGUGGAGGGAUAAUGUUAAACUUGCUUGUCACCCCUUGGAGGAAUGCAUGCAAGGUUGGCCUCCAAAACCAACCCGGUAUAGAGAGGUGGUUGCAACAUACGUAGAGGAAAUGAGGAGAUUGAGUGGAAGAAUUCUUGAGCUGAUAUGUGAUGGAUUGGGGCUGGAAGCUGGGUACUUGGAACGGUUGAGCCAAGUUCAAUUGGUGGUAGGCAACUAUUAUCCACCGUGCCCGGACCCGAGUUUGACCUUGGGACUAUUAAAGCACUGCGAUCCCAGCCUGAUAACCAUACUCCUUCAAGAAGGAAAUGCAUGUGGACUUCAAGUUUUGCAUAAUGGAAAGUGGAUAGGGGUCGCCCCUCUUCCUAAUGCCCUUGUUGUCAACAUUGGUAACCAGCUGGAGAUUAUCAGUAAUGGGAAGCUAAAGAGCGCAGAACAUCGAGCGGUGACAAAUUCAUAUGAAGCCAGAAUAAGCAUUGCCACCUUCAUCAACCCUUCCCACAACUCCAUUGUAGAACCUGCAAAAGUUUUGGUUGAUGAGUUAAAUCCUCCUCGCUAUGCUCCCACUUUGUACAAAGACUUCGCUCACACGUCCAAAGUUGCGUCCACUGAAGCAACAAAACCGCCUGCGCCGCCUGAUUCUUAAUGGGAAUUGCUGCUCUUUCACUUGCCAAGAGGACGAACCAAGUAACACGCAUACUUUUCUUUAUAGAAAACAUCCGGAAAAAAAAAAGAAGAAAUGUUUUGAUUCAAAGCCGGUUUGACAGAUUUAUUUGGAUGAAACAAGUGGAAACCGAGGAUUAUUUUGUUGGAGCAUUCCCUCCGACAGACCUCGUUAGAUUGCGUAAGUGUCAAUUCACUUCUGCCCAA